AUGAGCAGGAAUCAAGAUGUAUUUCCAGUAUUAGACCUACAGGAACUGGUAAUAUGUUUACAGAGCUGCGAUUUUGCCUUAGCUACACAGGAGAAUAUCUCUAGGCCCACUUCAGAUUAUAUGGUGACCCUUUACAAGCAAAUCAUAGAAAACUUCAUGGGUAUUUCAGUAGAGUCGUUGCUGAAUAGUAGCAGUCGGGAUGUGGGUGAAGGUCACUUACAGGAUGAGAACGAAAACAUUUAUUCUGAUACCUUGAAUGUUUUGGUAUUGAACAAAAUUUGCUUCAAGUUCUUUGAGAACAUAGGCGUUCAAGAUUUCAACAUGACAGAUUUAUACAAGCCUGAGGCCCAAAGGACACAGCGCUUGUUGAGUGCUGUGGUGAAUUAUGCUCGUUUUAGGGAAGAACGGAUGUUUGAUUGCAAUUCGUUUAUCCUUCAAAUGGAGUCCUUGUUAGGGCAACUUCGAUCUAAAUUCGAUGAUUAUAACCUGAUUCAGCAACAGUUAAAGCAGUACGAGGACACAGAUGGGGAAAAUAUUCCCGAUGAGCAGGAGCUCCAAAAACUGGAAGAGCAGAAUAAAGAGCUGGAAAUUCAGCUAAAAAAAUUAACUAAGAUUCAAGAAACUUUAUCAAUAGAUUAUAAUGAUUACAAGAUUUCAAAACAGUCAAUUUUUAAAGAUUUAGAGGCUUUAAGUUUUCAAAUAGUAGAAUUGGAGUCUAAUCGAGAUAAGCUAAUAAAAAUCUCCAAUACAGACAUCAGAGAGUUAUCUGAAGGGAUCAAAGAGUUGAACAAUCUUUUGACGGAAAGGAAAAAGACUUUGCACGAUUUAAGUACACAGCAGAAGAACCUGCAAGCGACAGUGACAACUUUUGAAACCAUAAUUAGCGAGCUUUAUGAUGUUUUAAGAAUAAUUUCAGGCGAGGUACAAGAGUCUAAUCGAACCGAAACGGAAUUGACAGGAUUGAAGCAAAAUUUAAUCAACAACAAGUCGAAACUGUCGAAUGUAUUGGAAACGGGUAUUUUAUACAAAUUAGAAAUCUUACAAGAACAGUUAGAUUUACAACUAAAUAAUUUGGAAAAGCUAUCACAAGAUACUGAAGAAGAGUCUCGGUUGAAUAAUUCUAAAUUGUCGGAACUACAGGUUAAAUAUGAAAACGAAAUUAAACCUAAGAUUGACAAGACAGACAUUUUUAUUCAAGAUGAACUGAUCAAUGGUAAAAUCAAUAAAUUAGAUGAUGAAAUUAAACAAUUACAAAAAGAUUUCGAAGUUGAAGUUAAAGAAAUUGAAAUUGAAUAUUCUUUAUUAUCUGGUCAUAUUAAUAAAUACAUGGAUGAAAUGCUCGAAUAUACGCAAUAG